GGGAAAAAAAAAAAAAUACCAAAACAAUACUACGAAAACAAAGGAAAAUAAGAGAUAUAAAAAAGAGAUAAAUAACUAUAUACUAGAUAUUCAGCCACAGUUCUUGUAUAUUUACUUACAACCACUGCAUAUAGACACGUGUAUAACCUAAUAGACCUAUAUAAGAUAUAACCCAGCACACCUAUACUAUAGCACUUGCAUUGGAAACAUACACUACCGUCAAACGUUUAGACUCAUUCAUCCUUUAACAUCAUGAGGGACCUUUCCACUCACACCAGACUGACCCCAGAACAGUGGGAGAACCGCCUCAACAGAUUCAUCAAGAACAUGAGCAGUGAAUCUAAGCUUUGAGAACGAGCUGCUGAAUCUGACUGGAAGAGUUCUUCCUGCUGAGAGGAUCCUACAGGGAGCGAGAGCAGUAAGUACGAGUACAACCCAUGUGACGCGGAUUGGUCUAAAGAGACGCGAGGUCUUCCUCUGAUGACCAGCAUGCCUCUGGAGAUCUGGCUGCUGUCCCAUACGCGCCGUAACGCUGAUGUCGCUCACUCACUACUGCAGACCCUCAACAAAGUGCCCGUGGGCAUCCACCUUCAGAGGCCGGGAAUGAUGGAGUACGAUGAUCGGCAGGAGGCUCUGCUGAGAGCUCUGCAGCAGAGAGCGGUGCAACAGGUUCAGAUGUUGAAGCACCUGAUGAUUUUGGUAUCGACUGCUACCACGACAGUGCCGCAGGAAAGAGAUCCAUCGGGGCACUGGUGGCCAGCCUCAACCCGGGCAUGUCCAGACGGCAGUGUGAAGUGGUGUACCACUAUGUGAGGAGGGAGAAGUAUGCUCUGAGGAUGAGGAGAUGGAGCAGGAUGACGUGGCCUCUCUCUGGAGCUCCUCCACGUUCUUCACGC